GGAGUGUUGUCUCUCUCCUCAGUGUUGAAGCUGUUGAAGAUGGCUACAGGGAUGAGAGCUCUUCUGGACACCGUCAUGCAGGCCUUGCCGCAGGUGGGGAAUCUGGGUCUCCUCUUCAUGUUGCUGUUCUUCAUCUACGCAGCGCUGGGAGUGGAGCUGUUUGGGAAACUGGAGUGUAACGACAGUAAUCCGUGUGAGGGUCUGAGUCGCCACGCUACCUUUGAGAACUUUGGGAUGGCGUUUCUCACGCUGUUCAGAGUCUCUACCGGGGACAACUGGAACGGCAUCAUGAAGGACACGUUGCGUGAGUGUCUACCAGAGGAGCGCUCGUGUCUGACCUACCUUCCUCUGAUGUCUCCGGUCUACUUCGUGACCUUUGUCCUCAUGGCCCAGUUCGUGCUGGUCAACGUGGUGGUGGCGGUGCUGAUGAAACACCUGGAGGAGAGCAACAAGGAGGCCAAGGAGGACGCAGAGAUGGACGCCGAGAUCGCGCUGGAGAUGGAGAGAGCUAGACGUCUUAGCUCCGCCUCUAAUGCGUCGGCGCUGGGCCCACGCCCACACUCACCUGGUCAGGAGGAGGAGGGUCAGUGCAGCCAGGGGGAGGAGCUUCUGUCGCCAAGGAAAAUGUCGGUAACCAGGAUGCAUUCUCUCCCUAACGACAGCUACAUGUUUCCUCCUGUACGACCUGCUAGCGCCCCCUACCUGCACCAAGCCUCAGGCUCUGUGACAUCUGUGCAUUCCCAGCCAUGUGAAGACCAGGCUGUACUGCCCAGCCUCUCUCACCCUGUUCCCACUCACAUCGCCCUGCCAAGGCCCUCGCCCAAGGCUCACAGACAGCUGGCUGUGAAGGUGGACUCAGUAGAGAGACAGGACCCCCUCUCAACCCUCCCCUCUCUCCCCUUGUCCCUCCGCCUGCCUCCCCCCCAUCCCCACUCCCUGCUCUCCCCCCGCCCCCUCUCUCCCCCCUUCCUCUCGGACCCCGCCGACGAGGAGGUGUGGCACAUCACCAGCUCAGCGCGCCAUUGGUGGGACAGACAUGGAAGUGGGCGGUGUCACUCCCUCUCGCCCUACGCCUCCCCUGACUCCCCUCCCUCCCUGAGGAGCCGAGGGAGUGCGCUCAGUCUGCUGGGGGCGGGGCUAAAAGGUCACGACCCGAGGAAGGGCUUCAGCGUAGACACCCAGGGCUUCCUGGAUAAACCGCGUUGUCCUGACGACCAGCGACGACACUCCAUCGAGAUCUGCCCGUCCCCUUCGGAGGAUCCGCCGCUAGGCGAGGGCUGGGAGGCGGACGGGGAAGAGAGGGGGGUGAGGAGGCCCAGGGGUCAGGGGUCAGAGGUUAGAGGUCACAGGAAGAAGAGGAUGAGCCCACCCUGCAUCUCAAUCCACCCCCCAUGUGACCCAGCGGGCCGUGGCCCGUCGGAGCCGCAGGCUGACUGUAACCCGCUGCUGAGACGCAGAACCCCCUCCUACGAGGUCGCCGACGCGCACAGGCUAACGCCGACACACACCCCGACACGCACACUCACACCGACACACACGCCGACACAUCGCCACACACCGACUGACACACACACACUCGUACAGACUCUCCCUCACGCAGUAACACACACCCCGACACACACACUCACACACCGCCUGCCCCACGCACACACUCUUAUCCGUACACAUACUCUACCUCAUUCCCACAAACACACCGCGUCCCCUACACACACCCUGUCUCACACACACACCCCGUCCCCCACACACACCCUGUCUCACACACACACCCCGUCCCCCACACACACCCCGUCCCCCACACACACCCCGUCCCCAACACUAGACACUAGACCUUCCUCUCUCUACAGUGACUACAAACCACUCCCACAGUUCACCUUCGACCAACCGGAGCACAGAUACACGAGUGGCAUGUCCGCUGGCCUAUCGAGCAAUGAUCCAGCCACAAGUCCCUCGCUCUUUAACAGCAGGGCGGGGUUUAGCUCGAUGAACAGGAGAACUGCCCAAUGAGAGCAGAGCCUCAUUAGGAGAGGGAUUCGUCAGAAAGCCUAAACCCGAUCCAGAGGGUGUGGCCUGAUCUGGACAGUGACGGGUUGGAUGGAGAGAGAUGGGGGAGAGAGAGAGAGAGAUGGGGGAGAGAGAGAGAUGGGGGGUGAGAGAGAGAUUGGGGGUGAGAGAGAGAGAGAGAGAGAGAGAGAGAGAGAGCGAGAGAGAGAGAGAGAGAGAGAGAGAGAGAGUGUGAGGUUGUAACUCAGUGUUAUUUAGUUCAGGACUAAAGCCACAUAAAUCUGUAGCCAAAGUAUUUCUGACACUCCUCACACCAGCCAGCCAGCCAAUCAGGAACAAACGUUUAUGACACUCUGCCCUCACGUGAGCCAAUCAGGAACCAGCGCCUGGCUGACCUCUGACCCUUACAGGAUGGGAGAUUGACGGUGCUCCUUCAAGUCCUCUACAGGAGCUACUCUACUUCCUAUGUCCUACUUCCUGUUUCCUGUCCUGGUCCACGAUCACAUUGAUCUCUCAGACAGAAGAGGACAGCGGACCGGGACACGUGUGUUGUGUGUUGUGUGUUGUGUGUAUUUUAUCCCUUAUGCAUCAGUGUGUUCAGAUGCUCUCUGUCAUAGAUGUUGAUGGACAUGUCUUUAUCUGCUGACAGACAGACAGACAGGUAUAACAGACAGACAGGUAUAACAGACAGACAGGUAUGACAGACAGACAAGUAUAACAGACAGACAGACAGGUAUAACAGACAGACAGACAGCAGAGCAGUGUGUGUUCUGUGUAUCUCACGUUGUAUAUACAGAAAAUAUUUCAUUGCUGAGAUGAUAAAAUAACUCUAUGCA